AUGGAUGGUCCUUACGACGCGAUGCGAAACACGGCUAACGAAACGGUUGGAGAGGUAAUGGACUACCUCCUGGGUGAUAGUCCAUCACUUUAUGCUUUAGCACGAUGCUCCAAGCGUCUGUGUACUUUCGCAAUUCCUGUUUUAUACACCAACACGCAAACACUCUCGCUGUCCACCUUGUCCUCUGAAGAAUCUUUUACGAAAACAAUCACUGGUAUUCAUCCCGCAACAUAUGUGACGUCACUGUCCAUUAACGAUGAAUCGGAAAGUGAUAAAGAGUGCAUCGUCUUGCAUCUCAGCAAUGCUAUGAAAAACAUCAGUAACACUCACUCGUCCCGGGCGUUGCAAUCGUUUUCUUUCAUGUCUCGAUCUUUACCUCUACAUGAGGCUUGGAAGAUUCAGCAGUCAUUGUCUUUCAACAUCGUUCAUGUUGUGUUACAAUGUCCUCUUACAGCCGGGGUUGGACUAUCGAUUAUGAACACUUUAUUGUCCACAAAGACGCGUACUGUAUGCGUGGACUGGUCGCGUGUUCAACGACCUGUUACCUACACUACUUGCAGUAUGAUCUUGAAGUUCAUUAAUAGCCUGGCAUACGACGUUACAAAAAUCACCAUAAAGAUUCCAGCCGUAGAAACCAGGAACGAUUGCACCGCGUUACAAACAGUUCUCGACGAAGGCAUACUCAUUUUUCCAUCCCUCACGCAUUUCAUCUUCGAUGAAAUACACGGCGAAUUGUGCUUGGCCAAUUUUUUCGCUCGUCAUCCAAGCCUCAUCUAUUUUGGCUACAGUGGAAUCCAAUCAAAUAGUUCCGUCAUCGAUAAGAUUGCAGAAGGAUCGAUUCUAAACAAUGUCCACGCUUUUUAUGGAAAUGCUUUUUGUGCAAGUAUUGUUGCUGGACUACUACCAUGGCAGUUGACGGAAUUGGCACUUGUCAGUCCUUCUUCGAAUGUUUUCCACCCAGAUCUUGGCUGCCGAGCUUUACGACAGUGUCGUGCACUACGUGUCCUGAAGUUACUGCAUGUGGGCGGCAUAUCAGCUUCUCAACUGCAGGUCUUGAGUGACUAUGUCCCUGACGUUAACGUUCUGCACGUUGUUUACACGGAUCUCUUACAAACGACAUCAUAUACUAAUGUUGGUAAUUCCAACUUGGUCGAAUUUUACGCUACCAUAUUUAUUUGCUUUUCUUCUCUGGUUGACCUGACUGUGUCUGUGGAUGUUACUAAUAAAGUUUCGGCCGCUGGUGAUCACCGUUCUGCGGCUUUACAUUCUUUAUUGACAUACGGCUGCUACACGAUGCUGUCUGUUUUGAAUACUCUCAUGAUGUUUCUGCUCGAUGUCGAUGCUGACGUGCUGAUUGAGAUCGCCUCUUAUCUUCUGCGACACGAUUUAGCCUCACUAGCGAAGACAACGAAAUCCUUUGCGAGACUGAUGUUGCCUCUUGUAUAUCGGUCUGUGAACAUCGCGGGUUUACACACGUUACUGCUUAAAGAUUCUGCAACUUCGCAGUUGUGUGGUUCACUCCUAGCUUCCUACGUCAAGGUGGUCACUUUGCAGUCUGGAUCCCAUCUAACCAACGUCACGAUGGUAAGAUCCGCGAUGCGGCUCUUGGAUCGCCAGCGGAAGACUCAUCAACUGCGUUCGUUGUCCGUCAUUUCGAACACCUGGUGCCUUUCGGAUGUUUUCGCAGUCCCACCGAGAAACAUCGCUCCUCUUGUUCUUCAUUUCGCCUGUCCUUUGCUACAAACCCCAAGAUGUCUUUUGUUAUUGCGAUCGCUGGUGUCAUCGAAUUUAGUGUCUUUGACUUUGGUUUUUCCUCCAUUCGUUAAUCAGCCUGAUGAAUUCAUGAUUUGCAAGGGACUGAAACAGAUUGUUCCUUGCCUGCGAAAUGUCGUUACUUUCGCUUUAUCAUUGAAUACACCAGUGGAAAAAGUCAGGCAGAUUCAAAGGGAUGGUACACCAUAUCCUAAUACGCUCGCAGCUGGCUUUGCAAGUGAUUGGAUGUUGUUACCAUCCCUGCGCAAUUUUCAGUUGUCGGAACUCAGUUAUCAUCUACCCCUAACAAAGUUCUUUAAUCGACACCCCCUUCUGACGACUUUGCACCUGGAAUGCAACUCGUUCGAUCGUUUGCCCAUUCCCGAUAUCGCCCAAGGGGGUUUCCUGCCUGAACUGGUUUCGUUCAGUGGGUCACUUGCCAACGUGAACUGUAUAAUGCGUAGAUGGUCUGCACAGCUAAAGUCGUUGACUAUUGUCGGUGGUCCUGCUAAUUGGGACGACAUGGAAAAUUUCUUGGCCUUGGUUCCCACUCAAACCGACCUACGGUCCCUUCGACUUCGAGAACAAGGGGGUUAUCUUGAUAUGGCCUUGACGACUUACUUAUCUGUGUGCGACAAUGUCCAUCACCUGGCAGUCGAUUUGAGAUGUUCAGAACUUUGGGAGGACACGAUCUUUGCCUGCAUGAACUUGCCUAAUCUGAAUGAGUUGGUCAUUCGGAUACAAAGGUCGGAUGACAAUUUGGAUUGGUCUGUUUUCCAAAUCGCUUUGCAAAACAUCGUUUCCGCCAAUGAUCGUCGGAUUCGUUUGUCUGACUUGGUGGUCUAUAUCAUCACACAUCAGACAGAGCAAACAAUAUGCCCAGUUCGUCCUUUGCAUUUCCCGGGUUAUCUGGGAUUCAGACCCUUGAUCAUGUCACGGAGCCGGUUGAAAACUGCCAACGCCGUAAUUACUGUCUGGCUUGAUCGGCUAGGUGAACCUCCCUCAUACGAUAUUUUGCCACGAAGUUUGAUACUUGACUUUCUUGCCACACUGCCGCUCCCGUUGGCACGUUCUGCUUACAUCGGCAAAGGCAAUGGCAUCGAGAUGAAAGCCUUGCUGAUUUUCGAAUGUGUGCAGAGUAUCGAGCGACGCACCAAGGAUAAUUGCACUUCUUGCCGUGGUAUUCCUAGCCAUGCUGACCUGGUCGUGUAUUUUAGAGUCUUUGGAGGCUCUGUUGGGGGUGUGUACGAUACGGCGUUUUUAUUGUGCAACUUGUUCUGUAGCUUGAGAGCAGAUGGAGAGCCUGCCGUCGAGAUUGCCUCCAUUGCUUUCACUUCGACCGACAUCUACUCAGUGGGGUUUAUAACUUUUACCGGCGUAUCAAGCGCAUGGAUGCAACGUGCGGAAACGACUCCGAUGUUUGAUACGAUGCCUAUUCAUCCGGGGUUGUAUUUCAUGUCGUGGCCCCUGUGCAGAGAAGACAUUGUGUGUAAAGAUUUAAUUGAAAGCACGCUCGCUGAGGCUAGAUUUUUGGCUUCACUGUAG